CUGCAGUGGUACCUGAAGCUGAAGUCCUGGUGGGCCACCAACUACGUGAGCGACUGGUGGGAGGAGUACGUCUACCUGCGGGGUCGCGGGCCUCUGAUGGUCAACAGUAACUACUACGCCAUGGACCUUCUCUACAUCACCCCCACGCACAUCCAGGCCGCGCGCGCCGGCAACACCAUCCACGCCAUCCUGCAGUACCGCCGCAAGCUGGACCGUGAGGAGAUCAAGCCGAUCCGUCUGCUGGGAUCCACCAUCCCGCUCUGCUCAGCUCAGUGGGAGCGGAUGUUCAACACUUCCCGGAUCCCGGGCGAGGAGAGCGACACCAUCCAGCACGUGCGGGACAGCAGGCACCUGGUGGUGUUCCACCGGGGCCGCUACUUCAAGGUGUGGCUGUACCACGACGGCCGGCUGCUGCGGCCCCGCGAGCUGGAGCAGCAGAUGCAGCGCGUCCUGGACGACCCCUCGGAGCCGCAGCCCGGCGAGGAGCGGCUGGCGGCCCUCACUGCGGGCGACAGAGUGCCCUGGGCCAAGUGCCGCCAGGCCCACUUCGCCCGCGGGAAGAACAAGCAGUCUCUGGACGCGGUAGAGAAGGCCGCCUUCUUCGUCACCCUGGACGAGACAGAGCAGGGCUACCGCCAGGAGGACCCGGUGACCUCCAUGGACAGCUACGCCAAGUCUCUCCUGCACGGCAGGUGCUACGACAGGUGGUUUGACAAAUCCUUCACGUUCAUCGUCUUUAAAAAUGGCAAGAUAGGCCUGAACGCGGAGCAUUCCUGGGCCGACGCCCCCAUCGUGGGCCACCUCUGGGAGUACGUCAUGAGCACCGACUGCUUCCAGCUGGGCUACACAGAGGACGGCCACUGCAAAGGUGACAUCAACCAGAACAUCCCUGCGCCCACCAGGCUGCAGUGGGACAUCCCCGAGGCCUGUCAGGAGGUGAUCCAGGCAUCCCUGGGCAGCGCUGACGUCCUGGCCAACGAUGUGGACUUUCACUCCUUCCCCUUCGACUCGUUUGGGAAAGGACUGAUCAAGAAGUGUCGCACCAGCCCGGACGCCUUCGUGCAGUUGGCUCUGCAGCUGGCUCACUACAAGAAUUGGGACACGUGCUGGCCGAGACUAGAGGCGGCUCUGCCCAGACGGCCUCCGCAGGACAUGGGCAAAUUCUGCCUGACGUACGAGGCCUCCAUGACCCGGCUCUUCCGAGAGGGGAGGACAGAGACAGUGCGUUCCUGCACCCGCGAGUCCUGCAGCUUCGUGCUGGCCAUGGCGGCCCCUGACCAGACGGUGGAACAGAGACUCAAGCUCUUCAAACUGGCCUCAGAGAAGCACCAGCAUCUCUACCGCCUGGCCAUGACGGGCUCCGGCAUCGACCGCCACCUCUUCUGCCUCUACGUGGUGUCCAAGUACCUGGCCGUGGACUCCCCCUUCCUCAAGGAGGUCUUGUCGGAGCCCUGGAGGUUGUCCACCAGCCAGACUCCGCAGCAGCAAGUGGAGCUGUUUGACCUGGAGAGGAACCCGCAGUACGUGUCCAGCGGGGGCGGCUUCGGGCCGGUCGCCGACGAUGGCUAUGGUGUGUCGUACAUCCUCGUGGGCGAGAACCUCAUCAACUUCCACAUCUCGUCCAAGUUUUCCUGUCCUGAGACGGACUCACACCGCUUCGGCCAGCACUUGAAGGAAGCCAUGCGAGACAUCAUCACACUGUUCAGCUUCAGCCCCAACUCCUGCCCCAACUCCAAAAAGUGACCCCUGGAUGCAGCUGCUGGAGAUGGUCCCUCCUGACCACAGAGCAAAGAAAAAAGAAAAGAAAAGAAAAAAAAGGAAAAAUAGCAGAUUGAAAUUGGAUUCGAAAUUGCCUUUUAAAACCCAGGGGUUCCUUUCAGAUGGAUAAGAGCAUCGCCCUCAGCUUUGUGUUUUUUUUUUUCCUGGAAAAGUGGGCACCCCAGGGACUCCAGGCUGCGGGGAUCUUUUGGGGCCCACCAGGGGUCCCUGGGGGGCUGUGGCAAGACCGGCUCCCUUCCUGGCUGGAACCUAGGUCCCUGAGGGUAUUGGAAUUCCUGUCCCCGGAGGCGAGCACCACAGGCUGAGAGGAAGACACUGUCACAGACGCACAAGUAACGUACUAACAGGAACGCCUGGUCACGGGUGGCUGUCACUCCCAUUUGACAUCCCUUGUUUGCAGAAGCUCAUUUUAGUUUUACCACACCCGCACGUGUUUGAAUCCAGUGCCUUAAAAACAACAGCCUCUGAACGAGAGGGUGGGGGCAGGCCUUUGGGACAGUCGUGGGAGGGCGGGCUUACCCUGACGUGUGUGUGUGUGUGUGUGUGUGUGUCCACCCUACCCCACCCCACCCCCUGCCUCCCUGUCCCCAGGGGGCCCCCUCAGCCCACUGCUUUCCAGGGACCUUUCAGAAACAGGGACCAAGGGAUAGUGUAGCAUUUGCCCCAGAAUCCCCCCAUGGAGGCAGCUGACCCGCCCUGGUGGCUAGGAGAGUGACGUCUGUCCCCAAGAGGAGAGGGCACCACCUGAGUGGCGCCGGGCAAGGCUGACUCCCAUGAGGCGAAGGCCGUGUGCUCUGGGGUGGGGGGUCCACACUGUCUGGUGGACUCCCCCAUGGCAGGUGGACGGGCGGCGGGCACAGAGCCCACGCUGGUUUCACUGGUGUCGUGUCACAGUGCCACCCCGUGGGACCAAAGAUUUGGUUCUGUUCUUAAAAGCAAGAAUGGAUGGGUGGGGUCAGAGCCACCAGUCCCCGCCAUGCCCACCCCGUUGACAUGUGGUACAGGAGCCCUUCUGCCUCGGGCAGGCAUCAGGCACUAAGCCCAGCCGCUGCCCAGUGCAGAUCCCGGCCGUGUUGACUCGGCGGUGGCCAUCCCUGCAGACAAAGGAAGGGAGAGUGAGCUUUUAACAUGGGGGGCGAGAGUAUUAUGUAUUUAAUGUGAUUUGGAACAACCACAGUGGAGAUGGCACCACGACGAGGUUCUCUUGACCUGUCUAUUGCAUGUAAAUACCGUCUGCUCUUUCGGAUGUAAAUCUUAGAAACUGCAGCGUGACGUUCUCGGUAAUAAACGCAUUAACCGCCUCUG